GAAUUACCAAUCUACUAAUUGUCAAUCCAAUGAAAAAUUCAUAAUAUUAUAUAUUUUAUGCAAUUGUUAACUCCACAUCUAUUUUGAUGUCUUCAAUCUGAAAUAUUUACAAGAAUCCUAUUAUAUAUACAGAAUGUUCCAGAACUAAUAAUAAAUCUGUUAAUAGUAGAUUCCAGGGAUCAUUUAGAGUCGAUAUUUUCUCUGUGAGAAUGUCGAGGAAGAUCUAAAAUAAAUAUUUUUUUUCCGACAUGAUGAUAUUUGUAAAACUAUUAUUAAUAAGUAGCGGAUUAAUGUUUAUUCCUGAGACUGCUUCUAUUCGUAAUGAAUCAUUGUUAUGCUAUCCACCAUCAAAAUAUAUAAAACCAAUCCAUUACGAUAUCAAGCUUAUAACAUAUCUUGAAGGACAUAUUUUCUAUGGAGAAUAUAAUAUCAGCAUAAGCAUUCUUAACCUAACGCAACGAAUAUUUUUACAAUCAGAAAAAUUAAGUAUUCAAGAUAUAGUUUUAUUUAAAAAUGCAAAAAAAUAUCAUGAGUAUGAUAAAGAUACAGUUUAUAAAUCGACAUAUAAUAUUAAAGAAAACAGAAUUUAUAUUCUAUUUACGGAUAAGUUAUCACCAGGAAAUUACAUUUUAAAUAUAAAAUAUCUUGGUAUUGCUGAUAAAGUUUUUAGAGUUUACGACGUGAAAGGAAAAAUAGCUUGGGUAGCUGCUAUUCAUUUCCAUAUAAUAUACCCUCGACGAAGGCUUUCAUGUGAGGAUGAACAGAAUUUAUUGUUAGAAGCAACCUUUAACAUAUCUAUAGGAUGUAAUCAAUGUACGGCUUUGUCAAAUAUGCCAUUGCAAAAUGAAGAAGAAAAUGAGUACAAAAUGUUAUGGACACACUUUGCUACCACAUCUGCAAUGUCGCCUUAUCUUGUAAGAAUGAUUAUGUCUAAUUUCCUAUCACGUAUUGAUAAUGACAAUCGAAACAUUGAAAUGUGGUGCAAUAACAAAUAUGGAUUUUAUAUGAAAUUUGCAAAAAAUUUUGCUGAAAAUAUCACGUUGUUUUUUAAAAAUCAUUGGAAUUCACGUUUGAACAUAAUUCUGAAGGUGACUCAUGUUGCAAUUCCAAAUUUCCAUGACAAUGGCAUAAUAGAUUUCGGAUUUGUUUUUUAUAAGGAAACAGAUAUCAUCUACGAUAAAAAAUUAUAUCCUAUUACUCGCAAAAUGGAAGUGGCUCAAUUAGUAGGACGUAAAGUGAUGCAGGAAUGGUUUAAUACCUGUUGAUCAGUCCGCUUGUGUCGGAUUUUUGGAUUAAAAAAGGUUUUAGUGCAUUAUUUGCAACGUAUGCUGUUAAUAAGAUUUAUGAAAAUCAUCAAAUAAUAAAUUUAUUUGUUGUUCAAAAUCAACAUUACUCUUUUAAUUUGGAUAGUUAUUACAUGUUGAAUUCUGCUUCACGUGUUAACAGUUCAUUGGAAAUUCCCAAUUCUAUUAGAGCUCCUUUUAUACUGCGCAUGAUGGAACGCUUACUAACCGUAAAAACACUUAGUAAAUUAAGGAGCCUAUAUGACAAGCUAUCACAACGUUUAAGCUCUGCGGAUUUUAUUGCAAAUUUUACUGCAACAAUAAAUCAAGAUACGCGUGUACAACUAGUGAGAAUGGAAGAUUGGGCUUCGGAAAAGCAUUGUCCUCUCAUUAAAGUAGCACUAAGUUAUAAGUUGACGGGCAAAAUAAUAGUAUGGGUAGAAUAUAGUGACACAUUAGAAAUUGGCUACGUUCCUGUAUCUUAUACUACGGAAAUAUCUCCCGAUUUUAACAAUUUCACUAUGCAUUUUUUACCCGUGUCAGAGCGUUUCUUCUUUCCAUUUAAAAAGGAUGGUUGGGUGAUAUUUAAUAUACAACAAGUUGGAUAUUAUCGCGUUAACUAUGAUGAUGACAAUUGGCGAAGAAUUUCAAAUUAUCUAAACUCUGAUAAUUACAUGAAAAUUCAUGUUCUUAAUCGUGCCCAAAUUAUCGAUGAUGCAUUUCAUUUAAUGAUAGGAAGCCAACUUAACUGCCAUAUAUUCUGGGAUCUAAUAAAGUAUUUACAUCGAGAAGAAGAUUAUGUGGCCUGGUAUCCUAUGUUUAAAGCUAUGGAAUACAUGUAUGGUACUUUUCCAUGGAAAGAAAUGGUUGGAAAUGUUACGUUUAGAAUAAAGCACGCAUUAUACAAGGUACUUGAAAAAAUCAAAUAUGAAGAAAUUGAUGAUACAGACGAACUUAGAAUAUGUUUACGACAAGAAGCUACAAGAUGGGCAUGUUUUCUCGGUGACUACGUUUGUAUGAGAGAAGCGAAAAAUAAAUUAGUACAUCAUCUCCAAAAUCAUACAAAACACAAACUUUUGCCAUGGUGGCAGGAAUGGACAUAUUGUAACGGUUUGAUGAUAACUAACAACAAAACGAUUUGGCGAUUAGUGUAUGAUAUAGGAUAUGAAAAAUUUAAUCCUAAAUUUAUACAAUAUUUGACUUGCCCUGAUAAUGCUUAUAUGACUAGAGACUAUUUACGAUUUAAAUCUAUUACAGAACGAGAAAAUCAAUAUGUUCUUACAUACAGUCUCUUACAUAUUAUUACGAGGCAUGCUAAGGAUCAAAAUACACUGUUUUUCAUAUUAGAUGAUCUUUUGCAAGUAAAACCAAAACAUGUUGAUAUCACUGCAGCAAUAAUUAUUAUUAUUAAUAACGUAUAUUCCGUAAAUCGAAUUCAGCAAAUAAGCAGAUUCAUUCAAGAUUUAUUGAAAGACAAUGUAUACAUAAUUGUUGAUAUGGAAGCAAAGGAUGUCAUAAAGCAGAAUUUCAACAAAAUUAAAAGCAAGAUAUCAAUUCGCAACAGUCAAAUCAAAAGACAAAGACAGUAUUUUGAUAGUAUUUUUUAUUAUUAAUAGAAAAUACUACAAAGUAAAAAAAUUGCAGCUUUGCAUUGUGUGCGUGGAUAUAUUUCAUACUAAUACUUUUCUUUAUUAUUUAA